CCGGCUCGGCCCCGGCGCCGGACGCCCGGCGUCCGGGCUCUUGCUGCUGCUGCCGCCGCUGCUGCUUCUACCGCUCCUCGCCGCCCCCGGCGCCUCCGCCUACAGCUUCCCCCAGCAGCACACGAUGCAGCACUGGGCCCGGCGCCUGGAGCAGGAGGUUGAUGGUGUAAUGCGGAUUUUUGGAGGCGUCCAGCAGCUCCGUGAGAUCUACAAGGACAACCGGAACCUGUUUGAGGUUCAGGAGAACGAGCCUCAGAAGUUGGUGGAGAAGGUGGCAGGGGACAUCGAGAACCUGCUGGACAGGAAGGUACAAGCCCUGAAGAGAUUGGCCGAUGCUGCGGAGAACUUCCAGAAAGCCCACCGCUGGCAGGACAACAUCAAGGAGGAAGACAUCAUGUACUAUGACUCCAAGGCCGAUGCUGAGCUGGAUGACCCUGAGAGUGAGGAUGUGGAAAGGGGGUCCAAGGUCGGCACCCUAAGACUGGACUUCAUCGAGGACCCAAACUUCAAGAACAAGGUCAACUAUUCAUACACAGCUGUGCAGAUCCCCACGGACAUCUACAAAGGCUCCACCGUCAUCCUCAAUGAGCUCAACUGGACGGAGGCCCUGGAGAACGUGUUUAUGGAGAACCGCAGGCAAGACCCCACACUGCUGUGGCAGGUCUUUGGCAGCGCCACAGGAGUCACCCGCUACUAUCCAGCCACCCCUUGGCGAGCCCCCAAGAAGAUUGACCUGUAUGACGUCCGAAGGAGACCCUGGUAUAUCCAGGGGGCCUCAUCGCCCAAGGACAUGGUCAUCAUCGUGGAUGUGAGCGGCAGCGUGAGCGGCCUGACCCUGAAGCUGAUGAAGACGUCCGUCUGUGAGAUGCUGGACACGCUCUCUGACGAUGACUAUGUCAACGUGGCCUCGUUCAACGAGAAGGCACAGCCUGUGUCAUGCUUCACACACCUGGUGCAGGCCAAUGUGCGUAACAAGAAGGUGUUCAAGGAAGCUGUGCAGGGCAUGGUGGCCAAGGGCACCACGGGCUACAAGGCCGGCUUUGAGUAUGCCUUUGACCAGCUGCAGAAUUCCAACAUCACUCGGGCCAACUGCAAUAAGAUGAUCAUGAUGUUCACGGAUGGCGGCGAGGACCGCGUGCAGGACGUCUUUGAGAAGUACAAUUGGCCCAACCGGACGGUGCGCGUAUUCACUUUCUCCGUGGGACAGCAUAACUACGAUGUCACACCCCUACAGUGGAUGGCCUGUGCCAACAAAGGUUACUAUUUUGAGAUCCCUUCCAUCGGAGCCAUCCGCAUCAACACGCAGGAAUAUCUAGACGUGUUGGGCAGGCCCAUGGUGCUGGCAGGCAAGGAGGCCAAGCAGGUGCAAUGGACCAACGUGUAUGAGGAUGCUCUGGGGCUGGGGUUGGUGGUAACAGGGACCCUCCCUGUUUUCAACCUGACACAGGAUAGCCCUGGGGAAAAGAAGAAUCAGUUGAUCUUGGGUGUGAUGGGUAUCGACGUGGCUCUGAAUGACAUCAAGAGGCUGACUCCCAACUACACGCUUGGAGCCAACGGCUACGUGUUUGCCAUUGACCUGAACGGCUAUGUGUUGCUGCACCCCAAUCUCAAGCCCCAGACCCCCAACUUCCGAGAGCCUGUGACUCUGGACUUCCUAGAUGCGGAGCUGGAGGAUGAGAACAAGGAGGAGAUCCGUCGAAGCAUGAUCGAUGGCAACAAGGGCCACAAGCAGAUCAGAACAUUGGUCAAGUCCCUGGAUGAGAGAUACAUAGAUGAGGUGAUACGGAACUACACCUGGGUACCUAUAAGGAGCACCAACUACAGCCUAGGGCUGGUGCUUCCACCCUAUAGCACCUUCUACCUCCAAGCCAACCUCAGCGACCAGAUCCUGCAGGUCAAGUAUUUUGAGUUCCUGCUCCCCAGCAGCUUUGAGUCUGAAGGACAUAUUUUCAUUGCUCCCAGAGAGUAUUGCAAGGACCUGAAUGCCUCAGACAACAACACCGAGUUCCUGAAGAACUUCAUUGAGCUCAUGGAGAAAGUGACUCCAGACUCGAAGCAGUGCAAUAACUUCCUUCUGCACAACCUGAUCUUGGACACGGGCAUCACACAGCAGCUGGUGGAGCGCGUGUGGCGGGACCAGGAUCUCAACACGUACAGCCUGCUGGCCGUGUUUGCUGCCACUGAUGGGGGCAUCACCCGUGUCUUCCCCAACAAGGCAGCUGAGGACUGGACAGAGAACCCUGAGCCCUUCAAUGCCAGCUUCUACCGCCGUAGCCUGGAUAACCAUGGUUAUGUCUUCAAGCCCCCACACCAGGAUGCCCUGUUAAGGCCCCUGGAGCUGGAGAACGACACAGUGGGCAUCCUCGUCAGCACAGCUGUGGAGCUCAGCCUAGGCGGGCACACAAUAAGACCAGCAGUGGUGGGCGUCAAGCUGGACCUAGAAGCUUGGGCUGAGAAGUUCAAGGUGCUAGCCAGCAACCGUACCCACCAGGAUCAACCUCAGAAGUGCGGCCCCAGCAGCCACUGUGAGAUGGACUGCGAGGUUAACAAUGAGGACCUACUCUGUGUCCUCAUUGAUGAUGGGGGAUUCCUGGUGCUGUCGAACCAGAACCAUCAGUGGGACCAGGUUGGCAGGUUCUUCAGUGAGGUGGAUGCCAACCUGAUGCUGGCACUCUACAAUAACUCCUUCUACACCCGCAAGGAGUCCUACGACUAUCAGGCAGCCUGUGCCCCCCAACCCCCUGGCAACCUGGGCGCCGCACCCCGGGGUGUUUUUGUGCCCACCAUUGCAGAUUUCCUUAACCUGGCCUGGUGGACCUCUGCUGCAGCCUGGUCCUUGUUCCAACAGCUUCUCUAUGGCCUCAUCUACCACAGCUGGUUCCAAGCAGACCCCGCGGAGGCCGAGGGGAGCCCCGAGACACGCGAGAGCAGCUGCGUCAUGAAACAGACCCAGUACUACUUCGGCUCGGUGAACGCCUCCUACAACGCCGUCAUCGACUGCGGAAACUGCUCCAGGUCCGCCGCCUCCUUGACUCCCCACCCAUGCCCAGCGGACGGCCCGGAGCAGUGUGAGUUGGUGCAGAGACCGCGGUACCGCAGAGGCCCGCACAUCUGCUUCGACUACAACGCAACGGAAGAUACCUCAGACUGUGGCCGUGGAGCCUCCUUCCCGCCGUCGCUGGGCGUCCUGGUCUCUCUACAGCUGCUGCUCCUCCUGGGCCUGCCGCCCCGGCCACAGCCUCAAGUCCAUGCACAUGCCUCUCGCCGCCUCUGAGCGCCCCCCUCCACCCUCACCUCCACCCCGGCCUCCUCGCCUCUCCCUCCCACUCCUGCCCCACACUCCCCGCCUAGAGCCUCGUCCCUCCCUCACUGAAGGACCUGAACUCGCCAGGCCCCGAGAAUCUGCACCUUUGGGUGGGGGAGUCCUAAAGGAGAGCACCACUGGUCUUUGGCAUCCAAGCCACGUCUCACUGCUGAACUGUCCAAGUGUUCCCAGCUUCCCACUGGAUUUACCCCAGUGGGCUGGGACAGGGAGGCCACGUGUACUGAUGCCAAACCAGGCCCCCGCUGCCUGCCCUGCCUGUAGGUUCCCUCUGUGUGAGGGACCCUGCCUCAGCUGGACUUCUGUAGCCUGGCCCUUCUGCCCCACCCAAACCCAAACCUGGUUUCCCUGAAAAUAAUGGAGAAAGGUGAGAUGGGCAAUUUGAGGCCUGUGCAUCCCAGCGUAAAUCCUGGCAGGACAGAGGUCUUGUGGCAGUCCCCCAUGGACUCCUGCCCCUCAGGCCUACGGCCAUGUUCCCCCCACCCAAAGCCCUGCAGGUGUCAGACAGUCAGUGGCAUCAGUUUAGACACAACCCCAUAAACACCUGGAACCCUGAGGGUAGAAACUGGACUCACAUUAGACAUACUUCAGAGGGUACACAUACAAACACAGACACACACCAUGGGGUGGGGGCUCACAAACACAAAGCCUUACACGGGCAGGGGGUUGGUGGGAGGGUUGGUAUCUGCACACUUCAUCUGCUCACCACCUGCCUCUAAUCUGAGCUGCAGCCCAGCUGGUCCUCCAUCUCUAAAGCUGAAUGUCAAACAGUGCCAAAUGCUGGGGCAGGGGGUGAAGACCCCUCUGUCCUACCCCUAGCCACCAGUGUCCCCCAAGUGCCCCUCACCCUGCCAGGUGCUCAGUAUAACCAUUUCUCACUAGUAUCAGGCCCCCAGUGGGACUACAUGCCACUGCCUGCACCCCUCAGCAGAGGAAUCCCCAGCAGACAUCGCCCUUUGCCUUAGCAGGGGUGACUUGGUCUCUCCUGGCUGGGCCAUCUCACGCCCAAUCUGGCCCUUACACACUCAGGCCUGUGCCCACUCCCUAUCUCCUUCCCACUCACUCACACACAUACACACUCACACUCCUGUCCCCAGGAGGCCAAACUGCCCCUCCCCUGCUGAACACACACUUGCACACACAUACACAUGCACACACACACUCUCUGUACACACAGAGGCUGGGCCCCAGCACAUCUCUUCACAUCAUUCAUUCUGGUCGUUUCCCCCAAAGGCAUCCCUGCCUGGGGGGCCAGUGGGAGAGUGAGGGCAGGGGGGGAUGGAGCCAUGGAGCUCAGAUGGACUGGGAGGAGGGGGGAGGGUGAUGCAUUAAUUAAUGGCUUCGUUAAUUAAUGUAAUGUUGCUUGUUGCUUUCUCAGUGUGUGUGUAUGGUCCAUGCCUUCUGCUGGUGCCAUGGUGGACGUCCAUGAUGUGCACCUGGCCUGGAUGCUGGUUGUGUCCUGCGGGGGCGUGUGUGUAACUGUAGUGUAGUCAGGUGCUCAAUGGAGAAUAUAAAAAUAAAAAAGAAACAAACAUAUACAGAAAAAUAAAUAUAUAUUUUAAGUUUUAAAAACAGAAGAACAGACAAAAUAAUCCCCAUCAGGUAGUUGUCCGACCCCCUGCUGGGUCUGAUCCUUCUCAUUGCCCACCUGACCUGGCUGUCCCCUCACCUCGGGCUGGGGGACUAGGGGGGCCAUUUCUUUUUCUCUGCCCUUUUUUUUUUUGUUGUUGCUCUAUUUUGUACAGACAAGUCAGAAAAACAACAGCGACAAAAAAGUCAAGAAACUUUGUAAAAUAUUGUGUGUGUGAUUCCUUGUAAAAUAUUUUCAAAUGGUUUAUUACAAAAGAUCAGUUAUUAAAUAAUGUUCAUAUUUUCACUUCAAA